GUUCGCUUUCUUCUUAAUUCCGUUCAGGUCAAUAUCGCAAAAAUUGAGUUUAAACAGACAUUUUCGUUUCAGUUUUUGGUAGAUUCAUUUCCAUUAUAAUUUAAUCGUAACCAAUUCAAUUAAUUGAAUUUCGUGUAAAUUCAACCAUGAAGUCACUCAUCCUAAGCAUUCUAUAUUUUUGUGCAGUGUUGAUCAAUGCCACUUCAGACGAGGCAAAGGAUUUAAUACAAAUUAAACAAUUGCUGAGAAUAGGAGUGAACUUUGAUCGUUUAGAUAGUGCUUAUAACCUGGGUUUAUGUGCGGCAGCGACAAAGGGUCAAUCGAAUGUGGUUGAGUUUUUAAUCAAUAAUGGUGCAAAUAUUUCUUCAAGUUCCCACGGCACUUUUCCACUUUAUCUUGCAAGUUUCUAUGGUCACGAUCGUGUUGUAGACUUACUAAUCAAACAUGGCGCUGACGUAAAUGUAAUAAAUAAUACCGGAUGGACUCCAAUAAAUGUCGCAGCUCGUGAAGGUCAUCAGCAAAUUGUUGAACUGCUAAUUGAAGCAGCCGCAGAUUUCAAUUUUCCGAACAAUGAUGGGGAAACGCCGUUAUACAGCGCUGUUUCGGCUGGUCAUGAAGAUGUCGUUUCAAUGCUACUCGAAAAGGGUGCCGAUGUUAACAUAGAAGAUAACGAUGGAUUGUCACCGAUGCAUAAAGCAGUUGAAGGAGGUUUUGUGGAGAUCGUAAGGUCUUUACAAAAAAAUGGUGCCAUUGCCAAUUUAAAGAAUAGAAACAAUGAAUCCGCUUAUGAUAUUGCUGUUAAGCAAGGAAAUCAACAAAUCAUCGACAUUCUGGUACCUCCUAAAAAUCCAGGGCAAAAACUUCAUACGGCGGCUCGUAAUGGUGAUGUAGCAAAAAUAAAAGGAUUGCUGGAAAGUGGAAUGGACGUUAAUAUCGUAGAUGGCGGUGAACGAACACCUUUAUUUGUCGCGGCUGCAAAUGGUCAAAUUGAUGCAGUUAAAGUCUUGCUCGAGAAUGGUGCCGACAUAAAUAAGAAAAAUAAGUACGGACGUGCCCCAAUUUUUGAUGCAACUCUCAAUGAUUUCUAUAAUGUUGUUGAAAUACUCAUCGAAAGUGGUGCUGAUAUAAAUAUUAAAAAAGAUGAUGGAUGGACACCAUUAAAUAUGGCCGCAAAAAAAGGUUAUCUGCAAAUUGUCGAACUGUUGCUUAGGAAGGGUGCAGUUGUUAAUAUUCAGACCUUUACCGGUGAAACGCCGUUAUACAGCGCUGCAUUGGAAGGCAAAAGAGAAGUCGUUGAAACAUUAAUCCGACACGGUGCUAAUGUUAAUAUAGUAGAAGACUAUGGAUGGACACCGCUGCACAGAGCGGUUGAGAAUGGUUUUGAAGAGAUUGUGGAAAUUUUGGUGAAUAAUAAAGCCAACGUUUAUUCAAAAAAUAAAUACAAUGUCACUCCUUGGAGUAUUGCUCAAAGCAAAAAAAAUUCAAAAAUCAUUGGAUUACUCAAAAAAACACCUCGUAUUUCAGAAAUGGUUUGUGAAACGUACGGUAAAUUGCCAACACCGCAUAUUCUUGGGGAUGAAAAGAUGGAAGAUGGUGAUUUUCCCUGGAUGGCUGCGCUGGGCUAUCUUGUUAGAAACAGACUAGUUUACAGAUGUAGCGGUACCAUUAUUUCGGACCAAUUCGUACUCACUUCAGCACAUUGCACAAGAAUGGGUGUACUAAGAAAGGUUCGACUGGGAAAGACUUCUUUAGCCGAUUCCAAACAUUACACAGUAACUCCAGUCAUGCGUGAUAUACAGAAUAUCACCAUUCAUUCCGGUUAUGAUCGUUUAACCAUGUCUAAUGACAUUGCUUUGAUUCGCGUUGUUGAUAAAAUUCCAUUUAAUAAUUUUGUUUGGCCAGCAUGUUUACAUACAAAUUUAGAUGAGGUACCAUCAAAUGUGCCGCUUACUGUUACCGGUUGGGAUUUUCAAAAUCCGAGAAGAUCAUCGACUUCAUCACAAAUGUAUAAAGUAAAUUUGACAUCAAUGCCACUACAGGAAUGUAACUCAAAAGUGGUGACGAGAGGUCGUGCGCAAUAUAACCGAAAUGGCCUUUUUGAAGGGCAGUAUUGUGCCUAUGGUGGUGGAAGUAGAGGUUCCUGUCGAGUUUACAGUGGAGGCCCUUUGCAAUAUCUCAAAACCAAUACAAGCACAAUAGUUGGUAUUGUACCCAUCAGUGAUAGAUGUGGAUUGAAUAUACCAAACAUUUACACGAGAGUCGCAUACUAUGUAGAUUGGAUUGAAUCAAUCGUUUGGAGUGAUUUAAAAAAUUCAAAAUGAUGUUUAAAUAAGUAAAAAAUAAAACCAUUUCUUCUACGUUUUUUAU